ACAAAUUUCAAGGUGUUCUAAUACUUGCUAAAGCCGAAAUUAUUUUUAUAUCGCCUUUUUAAUUUUUUAGUCAUAUAGAAUUACAUUAUUUUGUACUAAAUAUAACAUUAGAUAACUCGAGUUAAAUAUAGGUCAACUAUAGUUUAUGAAAUAGUUUAAGGUUUCUUUAUCAUAUAAUGGCUUCAUUCUUACGUUAAUAUGAUAAUAAUAUUACAUUAGGGGAAAAUAAACUCUAUAUACUGGAAGGGAUACAAUUUAUGCAUUUGACGAGCUGUAAGAAGAAUGUGUUCUAUUGAAUAAAAUGUAUAUAGUUUUACUAGAGUGACGAAAACCUAAAAUUUAUUACCUAAAUUGUUUACAUACAUUUAGUUAAAAACUAUAAAUUCAUAUAAUUUAAGUGGUGUAUCAUCAUUAAUCCCAAAUUUAUUUGUUGUCCAAGAAACUGAAAAAUCAUCGUCUUAUGUCUCAUUCAUACCAUAAUAGCGUGCCAAAAAUUUCUGUGACUACUUACGAAUCAGUCGAAGAAAAUGUUGAAGUAAACAAUUAUUUUAAUUCACAGAAAAUUCGAAAUAAUUUCAACUCUAACGUUACUACUUUGUCUUCUAAUCCUUCUCAGCGGAAAAUAAAUGUUGAUUGGAAAUCUAUGACUUCAGAAGAUAGUAAUUUAAAACACUCUUUGUCCCCAAUUUCAUCAUCAGAUAUCAAUUGUUUGACGGAUAUUGAAGCUAUUUCAGAUUCCGAUGAUGAAAAUAAUUUUAUUCAAACUGGUUGUUUGAGUCCAAGUCUUCAGAAACUUUGUAUUCUUACUGAUAUAGAAGACUUAAGUGAAGAUGAAAGAUUAUCAUCAGUAAAUAAAAUAAAUGAGGUGCAUACAGAUACUGAAAAUUUCUCAGAUGAACUAGAUUACUUGAAAAAUGAAUUAAAAGAAAAGAAAUAUAUCGAAGACUUCUUUCCUCAACCACAUCGUGAAGUUUCAUUCCAUUCUAAAGAUAGUAUAAUUUGCACUUUAACGCCUACAAAUGAAAUAAAUCCUGUAUGGCUUAAGUCACCUCGUGAAGAACUUGAAGGUUUUGAAUCAGAAGAAGAAAUAGUAACAAUCCCCGAAAAUUAUAAUGACAAAUCUUGUAAAGGCAAUUCAGAUAUAUAUCAUCAUGAUAAUUACAGCGGCGUAGUAGAAUCCUCAGAAUUUAUUAAAAAAUAUCAAAAUAAACAAAAAAGUUGCGUUUUAAUGACGAACAAAAAAUCAUUUCUAUCAGACGCCGAUUUUAUAAAAAAAAGAGUACGUAAUAAACGUCAAAAUAGUAGUGACAAAAGAGAAAAUUUUGAAAAAAAAUCAACUGAAUCAUUGAAAACGGAAUUAAAAAGUUUAUUGACACCGUCUCUCAAUAAUAUAAUGCAAUCAACAGGAUUACAAUUAAAUAAUAAAAAUUAUGCUAAUAAGCGUCAUCCAGAGUACAAUAAUUUGAAUAAAUUGGUUAUACAUGAUAAUAUCAAUGGCUUUAGUGUUUCCUUUAAUUUUGAAAAUCAAAAUUCUGUAAUUUUAAAUAUUGGUAGGGAUUCAGAAAAUUUAUCUUUGAAAUGGUAUAAAAACGGAUCUGCAUCAGGAAGUGAAGUCAACUUAUCACAAUACCAAAAUGAAAAGUCUUUAAGUUGUUCUGAGCCCAGCACAGAAAUAACAACUAACGCAAUCAGUAUAUUAUACCAGAAUUCCAUAGAUAAAAUCCCACCCAAACCAAAUCCUAGAUAUUCCAUCGAUAUUAGUACUGCUUUAUCCUUAGAUGAGGAUAAUACAAAUUAUUCAACCAAAAAACAGUUUUGGGAAGAAAAAAGUAAGAGUGCGUAUCAACCACCACUUCCUAAGCCUCGUCAUAGUAUAUCUUUACCUGUAAAUCCUAACGAAAGAUCAAUAAUGAAAAAUUCUUCUUUGGAUCUUAAUUGUACAUCAUUCGAUACUUCUGAUCAUGCAGAAAUAUCUGAAAUGAUUAAAAAACCAUUGAUGAGUAAUCAAACUACAAACAAUUUUGUAGUUAAUGAUUCGACUUGUCAACAAAUAAAAGGUAUAGAUGAUAUGCCAAAAUCAAUAACCUUAGAAAAUCAUUCUUAUAAAGCUAGACCAAUAAAUCGCUUAGAUUCUGAAGCUGAAUACAUACAAAAGUAUGGCGAGGAAUCUCUAGCAUAUGAAAAUCAAGGAUUUCAAGAAGAUGAUUUGAACGAUGUAAAUAGUACGAAACAUAUUCAAAGCUUAGAAGAGUCAACUUUAAAAAAUCCAAUUAAUAAAGAAAUAACAUCCAAUCAAUAUAUUGAACAAAUUAAACCACAAAUAUUAAGCAUGCAAAUGGAACAAGAAUUUUCUCCGGAACAUAAAUCAUUAAAAAAUAUAACUAACAAAAAUUCACUAAGUCAAGAAGUUCUAAUUAAUCGUCAAAUCCAUAAACAUAUUUUCUCAAAUGAAUUAGAUGAACAAAUUGAUUCGCUCAUUCCAGAGGUAAAACAUUUUAAAGUUAAUUCUGAAACUGAUUUUUCAACAGAUUUGCUAAUUAACAAGUAUGUAGAAAAAUCAUCAAGUAUAAGUGAAAAAUCAAUUACAAAAACAGAAUCUAAUGAGUCUUCUACUAUUGAUGAUUUACCAGAAGAAAAAAUAAAUAAAAAUGCUAACAUAAUUUCUAAAUAUUCUUCUAGUUUAUCACAGGAUCUUAUAGAUGAAAUACCUUUAGACACAUGUAGUAAAAUUGAACAAAGUGAAAAAAAUAAGCUUCAAACUGAAUAUAUUAGUUCUUCAUUAAAUAAAGAUUUACAACAUGAAUAUGUAAUUAAUCCUAUUGAAGAAACUAAAAAAGUUCAUAUUAUACAUACUCCAGAAGAGCAUAUUCAAGAUACAAUAUGGGAGGUAACUCAAAUAAGAUCCGAUAGUCAAGAUAUCAUAGAAAAUGUAAACACUAGAAAGCAAGAAGAAUUUCAAAAUAAAUCUGUUAAGCAAGAUAACAUAUUAGAGUUAACUGAAAUUUCUAAAAAUGACAUGACAAACAAUUUAGCUAAAGAUAUAGCUGAACAGUUGGUAAAUGAAAUAGAAAUCGAACUAACGAAACGUCAAGACGUUUUGGCAAAUUUGCAACAUUUAGUUGUGUCACCGGAACACUUAAAACAAUUAGAAAAUAAUGGUUAUCUUGACAUAGAUGGCGAUGAUUUGAAAAUUAAGUUGAUAGAAUCUGUUUUAGCUAAAAAAAGUCGAGAACAAUUAAAAAACAUUUCCAAAAAUGAUACUGUAACAUCAAGUAUUGAAAUAACUGAUGAAGACUUAAAAAGCAGCGGUUUUGAAAUAGAGUAUGAUGGAUUUACGAAAUUACCUAUAAUAAAUGAUAUUAUAAUCGAUCAUAAAAAUAAUAAGUCGGACGAAAAGACAAUUCCAGAAAAUUUGAAUUGUCAAUCUGAAAUUUUCAAUCACAAUGACAAUGAAAAAAAUUCUAAUGCAUUAAAUAAUGAAGUGUUAAUUCAUUGUCACUUAAAAAAUGUUAAUAACGAAGAAACACUUACAGAAAUAUCACAAAACUGUGAAGUAUUUUCUACUGGCCAAAUAACACAUGAUUCUUCUUCACAAAAAAAUCAUAGAGACAUAUCUAUUGAUGUUAGUGAAAGGAUAACUCUAAAUACGGAUAUUAAACAAAUUGAUAAUCAUGAAAAAGGUUCAUAUAUUAAAAUACACGAUGAUGAAUUAUUUCAUGAUAUAAUAAAGUAUUCUGAGACAAAAUUAUGUGAAAACAGUAUAAUUUUACAACAACGUGCAUCUGAGUUAGAAAUUAAUAGAAUUGAUACUUCAGAAUGCUUUGAUAUUGAAAGUGAAGUUCAAGAAACUGAUGGGAAAAAUAGCAUAAAAACAAAACAAAAGUACGUAGAUACAAAAUUAAGAGACUUUGAUAAAAUAGUUAAAAAAGAGAGCGAAGAGCACGAAGAAAUAAGUGACAAUGGAAGUACUAUUAUAAGUAACACCAGUAAAGAAUCACAUAUAAUGUCUAACAUAUUAAUAGAAACAUGCUCUAAAAGUAAAAAUGAAAUCUCCCUAAAAGACGAACAAAUUUGUUCACCGAUAUCUAAUUCCCCUCUUGUUAAGCAUCUAAGUACCGAAUCCUUACCUUCAAAAGAUAAUUCUAUUCAUUCACCUACAUCACCAUCUUCAUCAUCAAUUGAUAUUCGCGAAGAAAAGCAUGUGAAUUUUGACUCAGUAACAUUAAGAAAACCAGAUUCAGUAAAUAUAAUGAAAUUAACAGCAAAACGGCCAGCAGAUUCAAGUUCAAGUGAGAGUCAUUAUCAAUCCUUUGAUUUAACAUCAUCGAGUAGACCCUGUUCGUCAGAUGUAGAUGGACUUUUAGCUUGCUCAUCAGAAUAUGAAUCUGCAAUUUCAGUGCCUUCAAAUGAAUAUCAUACUGCUAUUAGCUCAUUAAGUUCAAGAGAAUCUAUGAAAUCAUUAGAUUCGGAGAGUUCUGGGAACCUGGCAUCUGUUGAAAAUAGUGAAGCUUCUGAAACGCUAAUUGCAUCUACAGGAGAUUUAGAUUACGAUAUAGAAGUUCCAAAUGAUAUUCUAGAAGAGGACAUUAAAAUAGAAUCAUAUGAACAAAAAAUUCCUAUGCAAAUAAUUAGAGGAGAAUCUUUACCGCUUAUUGCAGAAACAUCUGAUAAAAAGUACAGUAGUAUUUAUAAAACUCAACCCUUUUCUCAGCCAACUAUAAAUAGCGAAAAUAAUGCACAAAAAAUGAAAAGAUCUCAUGAAAUGACAUUUCAUCCAGUUCCUAAACACAUUACUAGUGAUAGUUUAUCCGAUUCGUCAUCUCAUGAAGAAAAACAAUAUUCCAGUGAAAGUAUGAGCAUAUCUAGUACUGAAGGUCCAGCUAUACAAACAGUUGUAGAAACAACUAAUGGCUAUCCAAAGUCUGUAAUUAGUAGUUUCAGUUUAAGUGAUGAUAGCGCUACACUCGCUGAAAAAUCGACAACAACAAAUAAAGAUAAUAAAUAUUUAAAAGAAGAAGAAUUAAAUCAAGACGUGACAAUUUUGUCUUCCUCUUUGGUUGAAAAUGAAACACUACAUAAUGUUUCAACACAAAUAACUUCUAAAUUUGAAGAAGUACAAAAGAAAGGUCAUAGGCGAAGUAUUAGUUCAGUAAAUGAAAUAGUUUUUGAAGGCAUAAACUUAAAUUCUUCAAAAGAAAUAGACCUGAAAGAUUCAUCAAAUGAAAUAAUUACGUCCAAACAAUGUGACCAAUCUCUGUACAAUAUAUUAACUAAAACAACUAGUAUUGAAACAAAAAAAUGUGAAAAUAUUUUAGAUUUAGGAAAAAAUAUCGAUGUAACAUCAAUUUGUAAACAUUCUGACUCAGGAAAACUCACCAGUCCAAUAUCAGAAAAACAUAGUUUUGAACAUAUUGACGAUGUUGCUGAAGCUGAUGCAGCCUUUCAAAUGGUACCUCAUGUUUCACCAGUAAUUCCUACAUCUUUACCUCCAACUAUACCUGAAGAUCCAUUUUCUGAGGACGAAGAUGAUCUAAUUGAAGAUACAUCUAAUAAUGUCCCAAAUAUUAUGGUGACUGAACAUAUGGCCCCACUUAUUGAUCAUGGUUUCUGUUACCCUGACUUAGACUUGGAAGCUAAAGAAUUAGAAAUUAAAUCUACUCCAGAAACUCCAGCUUCUAUAAGUAGUAAAGAGUCGUCCGAUACUGAUCAAGGAAAAGAGUAUGUUCUUAAUAACAAUUUUAAUCCGCAUGAAGAGUCAUCAUGUACGCUAAAAGAACAUAUUGCCUUAGAAAAAGUUGAAAAACUAGUAGAAAAAGAUUCAAUUUCUCUUGGCGAAUCAUUCGAAAUAAUUGAAAAUAAUGAGGAAAUACCCAAUUUAGAAGAAGAGUUUGUAAUCGUAGAUGAAAUUGACAAAGAUAUUAAGUGCCAACUAAUUAAUAUAGAAGGAACUGAAGAUAAAAAUCUUCAUUCUAGUAUAAUAAGUGACAAUACUAUUAUACAGGAAUCAGAUAUUGACAAAGAAUAUUCAAACCUAAACUGGGUGGAGCUUCAAUUUGACGAUGAUAACACAGUUAAUGAAAUAUUUGGUUAUAAUAUGGAAUACGAUAGACCGCCUCUUGAAGAUAUUAAAGAAGAAGAUACUGAAGAUUUGCAUAGUAGCAAAGUAGGAAGUGUCGGUAGUCAGGUUAGUCAAUCUAUUGGCAGCUUCGGCAGUAUGAAAGAAUCAUUUAGUAGUACUCCAGAAAGUAAAAAAUAUCUUGGUAAAUCAUUAGAACAUGAUAAUUUGUCAAUAAACUCGUUACAAGAAUUUGAAAGAUUAGAACAACUAGUAAGGAUUGAAUCAAUGCAGGCCAAAUCGUCUGGAUCUUUAGCAUCUAAUACGUCCAGUUCUUCUAACAGUAGAAAAGAAGACAAUUCUUUAGGAUCUCUUAAAGAUUUUGAAGCAAUCGAAGCUGCUUGCAUACAAACAGAAAUGAUUGAAAAUAAAGCUUUAGAAUCAGAAAAAUUGUUAAUCAAUAAUGAGAGUGUCUUUAAAAUAUAUGAUAUCGGUCAGAUAAGUGAUUUUCAUGUAGAACAAAAUGAAGAAAUUUCAGAAAAACUUCACUCAGAUGAUGACAAUUUAACAAGCACAGACUCGUUAGAUCUAAAAACAAUUGUAACCGACAUAAAACCAUCAAUUUCUGCAGAAAGAAUAUUUGUUGAAAGUAUAUCAGCUGAAUUUGAUGACUGCAUGAACUCAAGUAUAUCUAGUCGAGAUUUUAGUAGCUCUCUAAUAGAUGAUCAUUCUAAAGAAUCUUCAAAUAGAGAUAGCUUAAUUUUAGGCAGUAAUGAUUCAUUAGGCCCUUCUAGUUCAACAGCUACUAAUGCAACGUAUCACUGUGAAACAGGAUCGAAUUUAUCUUCUAGUUUCACAAGUGGUGGCUCCAAUACAAUGGUCUCCAGUAUGGAAGGUUUAGACAAAGCGGGUAUUAAAAAUGAAUGGUUUGAAGGCUCGGAGUUUAUAGAGACACAAGAGAAGGACCAUGAUGAUACAAAAUACGUUCACAGGAUAAUCAAAAUUCCUGCAGAAAUUCACAAAGUAUCUGCUAAAGGUCUAGAAAAGGUUGGAACACUUGAUGAUUUCGUUGAAAAAUUUAAUCCAGAAGUGUAUGAAGAUAAAAUCGAACAUACUGAUGAAUUUGGCAAUACUGUUACUGUGAAGAAAAUGCAAAAACGAAUGAUAUUUGAAACAAAAGAAGAGUUAAAUAAAGGUAUUUCCAAAGAAGAAUUAAACGAAUGUUUAAGAAAACUUUCUGAUAAUAUUUCGGACCAAUAUGAGUAUAGUAAUGCAACAGCAAAUAAUUUUCAAGGUCCAACUGAAGAAAAUCAAGUAGUGUCCAACAUCAGUACCCUUAAUGUAGAGUUGCAAAGGGAUGCAACAAAAUCGGAGUUGAAGUAUGAAAUUAGUAUGGACGACGAUACGGAGAUCGACCUACGGGAGCAUGAUUGGCGAUUUCAACAUCAAAUAAAAAACGAAUCUGACGACGUAACUAAACCCGGUCCAUCAGAAAGUGCUGUAAAAACAAAAUCAAAGGAAACAGUUUCAGAACUUUAAAACCAUAAAAUAUUUUAUUACUUGGAAAAUGUUUUUAAUAAUUUUGAAUAUGUUUAUAAAAAGGAAAAAUAACAUUCCAAAGAAUUGUUGAAAACUUUGUAACGAACUACAGUAAAAUAUUAUAUUAUUGAUAAUGUAUUAAUAAAUUUUGAGACUACAUUUCAUAACUCGACUAUUUGAGUAAUUUAACGUAUGUACAGUAAUUAACCAACAAAUUAGCUAAGUAUUUUAAUUAUAAUUAUUCUAUACUCAUUUAUUUGAUAAAUUAUUGAAAAUAACCAUUUUUAUUUUUAAACCGUAAAUCAUAAUGCUUACAGUUAUUAAAUUAUAAUUUCACUUAUAAAUGAAUACUAGUAAUAGUAAAUACUUAAUGUUUAAUAUUAUCUUUAUAAAUUUAUUACUAUAAUAUUUGUAUUAAUAAUUUAAUUUGAUUUAUAAUGAUAUAAGUAUGUUGUUAUUAUUUUCUUGCAUUAAAACAUAUUGUUUAAAACUACCUAAAUAAUAACCCAUUAAUAAUUAUUAUU